AUGACAGAAUCAGUUGAUACAUUGUAUACUCGUACUAGGGACGAGACAGACAAUGCAUACAACAGUUUUGGUCGUCGAUCUUCAUUCGUUACAAUUCUUUUACAAUCCGGAGGCCCUUUCUUAGCGGAAGUUGUAGGCGCCUCAUAUGCGAUUAUGGAUACAUUCUGGAUAUCAAAGUUUUUGCACGAAGAUGGUAACGCUGCAAUGACUUUUGCUUCAUUAAUGGAUGCAAUUUGCCGAGCAUUCGGAAUGUUUGUAUGCACGGCAGCAUCAUCAAAACUUGCAUAUCUCAGAGGAGAAAAUAAAUAUCAAGAUAUUCCCCAAGUAUUUGCUGAUUUAUUUAAAUUUUCGAUUUUACUUGGCCUUUUAGCUCCAGCGAUCCUUUUACCCGUCAUCAAGCCAUUACUUAACUUCUUCAACAUGGAAGGAACAAUUCGUGCAAAUUGCAAAGAAUACUUAACCUAUUCUAUUAGCGGCACAAUAGUUACUACAUUAAACCUAUUUCUAUGCGGUUGUCUUCAAGCGGAAGGUAGAUCGCUUAUGUAUGGCGUAAAUCAGAUGACAUCUUUUAUUCUCAACAUGGCCGUCUUCGAUCCUCUAAUGAUUGGUGUCCUCAACCUUGGAAUGCGUGGUGCUGCUAUUUCUACCAUUCUUUCUGAUGGAAUUCCUUUGAUUAUUUUUGGCAUUUUAUUUGUUUUUAAGCGACUCGAUACAAAAUGCUCUAUUACAAACGUUUUCACAUUCAAGUGUUCGCCACAUACAUGGGAAGCCAUCAAAGUUGGCUUUACUCAGUUCAUUUCUCACGUCUGCUUCAGUCUUCCAUCAUUCUUCAGUCGUAAAUGGCUGGAAAUUGGUGCUUCUAAGCAGAGUAAUCCAACUACGGUCCUUGCAGCCCUCAAUCCUGUGAUGAGAUUUUGGUAUAUUCCUGGUUCAUACGCUGUAGCGCUCAGUAUUGGUAUCUUGCCUUGCUUGAGCUAUUCAUUAGGUCGUCGCGAUAAGAAGAGAGUCAGAAGUCUCUUUUUCACUGGAUUAUUCAUGUCAAUUACAUGGUGUGGCGUUAUUGAGGUCUUAAUGUUCUUUUUCAGACGCUACUAUGCCAAAAUGUUUAGCAAGGAAACAGAAUUUCUCGAUAUUACCGCCAAAAUGCUCUUAAUAACUUAUAUUUGCUGCACAGUCAUGGGUGUUGAGAUGAUCUGCGCUUCAUUUAUUCAAUCAAUGAAGUAUGCAUUGCUUGCAACAAUCCUAAGCAUUCUUACAAGGUUCGUUCCUGUUCCAAUGUUUGGUGCGAUUUUCUUCUAUACAAACAAGGCCAGGAAUAUAUAUGUAACUCUCAGAAUGUAUCCUGCAGCUGGUGUAUUUUCAUGUUUUGUUGGUUUACUGUUUGUGAUUUAUCCGUUUUGCAGACUUAGCAAGAUUCAGGAUCCACAAAUGUCUCAACCUUUGCUACAAGAGAAAGAGCAUAAUGUGGGAGAAAAUAGAUAUACAGAAUAA